AUGCAAGACACCAGAGCAAUGAAGGACGAGGCAUCCAUUCGUUCUCCCAAGCAGCGAAAUGUUCGCGUAUGGAAUGGAUUUUUUUCCUUGACAUGCCUGGCAGCAGUAUUGGAGUGUCUGUUCGAACUGUUUUUCAACUCUGACAUCUCAGGGCUCAGCUUCAUGAGAUACAUUCUGGAUGUAAUCUUUUUCAUCAACAUCGUUUCGCGCUUUUUCAUCGGAUACGAAGUCCACGGGGUUGUUAUUACAGACCCCAAAAAAGUCUGGAAAAAAUACCUUAGGACUUGGUUUUUAUUUGAUCUUUUGUGUGUUUUACCCUUCCAAGCUUUUAAGCAUGUUCACUCAUAUAUGAGGUUUUUGGAGGCCAGUAGAUGUCUGAGAGUGUUCAGAUUGUUUAGUAUCAUUUCCUAUUUCAGUAAGGAACCAGACACCAACAAGGUCCUACUCACUGCAUUCAGGAUGUUUUCCAUUAUGGCCCUGUCUGUUCAAUUCUCAGCCUGUCUUUGGUUUAAUCAGGUGUGUGAUGCAGGUUAUGAAGGUCAUGGCAAGGUUUGCGCUAAAGGCGACAACUGGUUGCAGCUACUUUCUGAAUCCAAUCUGACAGGCAUUUCAGAUGUGGAGUGGUAUGCUACUUCAGUUUACUGGUCGGUGAUCACACUAUGCACCAUAGGCUAUGGAGAUAUACAUGCCACAAAUUUAGAAGAGGCCACAGUUGCAUCUGUUGUGAUGCUUCUCGGAUUGCUGGCCUUCGGAUUCAGCAUGUCUAGUUUGAGCACAGUCAUAAGCAACAUGGCUUCACUAAGAGGAAGGUUCCACCAUAGAAUAGAGGCUGUUCUUCAUUAUAUGAUGCAUAUGGACUUACCCAUGGAAAUCCAGACGAUGGUGCACCACUAUUACUACUACCUUUGGUUGCAUCAGAAGGGCCGCAACAUCACAGGACUCAUGGACGAUCUUCCAAAUGUACUGCGUGAAGAUAUUUCAAGUAGCUGUUACAGAUCUCUGAUUAAAAAAGCUAAGCUGUUCAGAAACACAGCAAAUGGCUUUAAAAUGGCAUUGUCCCUGAAAUUGAAGACCUACACAUACAUUCCUGGACAAACUUUGGCCAAAGCUGGAGAAAUUAAUCAAAACCUGUAUUACAUUAAGCACGGCCAUGUACAGGUUUUCAGUCAGAAUCCUGAGGUUGAGAUUGCAACGCUGCUACCUGGCACAUUAUUUGGAGAGGUCCAUUUGCUGUAUGAGAUUCCUAGAAAUGUCACAAUCCGUGCAUCAACACUGUGUGAAAUUACCAUUUUGGAGCGCAAGGAUUUGCUUUCACUCUUCGAUGAGUUCCCUGAAGCUGCUGUUCAGAUUUCUGGAGAUGCCAAGACACGUCUUCAAAACCUAAGGUGUCCCAUAGAAGAAGCGUACACAUUUGGACUCGCCUCCAUCCCACAAAAUGUUGCUUUUGAAAGGGAGCAGUGGAUCAACCUUCAGCCAAGGGAACAGAGGAUUUUUGCAGCAUCAUUUGAAUAUGCAUCGAACCAGAUUCCUCCAAUGAAUUCUUUUUGGAAGACAACUUUCCAUCCUCAAAGUGCUUUUAUCAAGACCUGGAGGUAUUUUUUUAGCUGGUGCCUUACCGUUUCAGUUUUUCUGGAGACGUGGGUGUUUUUUUUCACUCACAGUGCAGAUGCUAAAGGACUGUUCACUGAAGACUGGGGUGCCUUUUACUUUGUAUUCAAAGUCCUGAUUUACAUUGUCGCUGCAGUUGACAUAUUUGUCAACCUUCGCACUGAUGUGUUUACAAAAGACGGACAUGUAACAGAUUUAGCAGUGAUAUUUCAAGUCUAUCGAAAGUCGUGGAACUUUUACUACGAUGUUCUUGCAUUGUUACCCUUGGAAUUGAUUUCUUUUGCCUACGGCGGUACAGAACCCUGGACAGUUUCAUGCCUAGUCAGGCUGAACAGACUUCUUUUGAUUCGCAGGAUCUAUCUGUAUUUCAGACAAAACGAAUGUGACCUGUACAGCAACCUGUACGAGCAACGGAUAGCAAAAUGCCUCUUUGUCUUUUUUUUCUGUUUGCAUUUUUGUGCUGGCGUGCUUUACCUGUCAGCCUGCGACAACAAAAGUUGUCUAGAGGAAUCGUGGGCAUGGAAUGCUGGACUUAAACCUACUCAGUCCACAUUCGAACAUUAUAUAAUUACAUUGUAUUGGACAACUACGACCUUCACAAGUGUUGGAUAUGGAGACAUUGUACCUGGCUCUUUGAUAGAACAGUGUUUGGCAGCGAUUGUUGGUCUUAUUGGCAUGCUGGUUUUGACCUAUGUUAUUGGCCUGAUGUGUGCCACAGUGUCUGACAGAAAUGCCAAAAGGUUGAACUUCCAGAAUGUUUUUUCUGAAAUGCGUCAAUUUAUGGAGCGACAUGGCGUCGCAGCUUCCCUACAGAUAAGAGUCAAAAACUACAUGAAUCUCCUGUGGACCAAAUAUCAAGGUGCGGCUUACCCAGGAGGACCCUUUCUAAUGCAUGACUUGCCAAUUGAACUUAAACACAGUGUCCUCAUGGCGGAGAGAGGGGAGCUUCUGUCACAGAUUCCGUUCUUCUCAGAAGCUGAACAGUCAUUUGUACAGGACCUUGCUUCAACUUCAGUUAUUUACUCAUUUCCUGAAGGUGAAAUCAUCCAGUACAGUAACACUCUCAGCACAGAGCUCUUUUGCAUUCUGCAGGGAACAUGUCAGAUUUUGAAAGACGACCUUUCAGAAGUUGUUGGACAUUAUUAUAAGGGAAUGUUUUUUGGAGAGGCCGGUUUUUUGUUUGGCAAACCAGCCACACUGACUGUACGUGCUAUGACAUGCUGUAAAAUUGUAGUUAUUGAUUUUGACAAGGUCAAAGUACUUCUUGAGAAACAUCCCCGGCUUAAAAGCCAAAUUAAGCAUUCCUGUGCGAAUCCACAACGCUACACGACAUUGGUGGAUGAUGCAAAGAAGCUACAGGAAAGGCAAAGCGACGUCCAAGACUCACCAACACACAGCGCGUCAAUGAGAUUUCAAGGCAGUAGAAAUUCCAGCAAUUCAAAAUGCUGUGUGGAGAAGUUCGGUAACAUUCUAAUGUAUGCUGGAUCAGAAGAAGAAAUGACCCGUAUGCAAGACGUCAGUCAACGAAGGCCAAGCACAGUUAUGGGGCGUGCUGUAUAUUUCUUCUUGAGGAUAUUUCAGUCUGUUUUCUUAAUGAGGAGUGCGAUUUUGCCGUGGUGUCCAUGGUAUGUCAAAUGGGAAGUUUUCCGAAGCAUUAUAGCCGUUGCUGUCAGCAUCGCUUCUUCCUUGCUUUUUGCAUUUUUACACUUCCAAAUGGAGCUGUGGAUCGUUUGUUACAUACUUGGAUUGUUUUGUUGGGUGGACAUGUACAUCCGCAUGCACGUUGCUUUCUAUAAAGACAACGAUCUCAAAGUUGACACCCUGGAAACAGCAUGUCAUUACUUCAAAACCGGGUUCCUUCUGGAUUUCAUAACCUGCUUUCCCUGGGAACUUGUGUGUUGGAUUGUGAUUCCACCGUUCAGUGAGAAUGGAUUUCUUGUCAGCAAUGAAUUUCUGCAUUUUUAUGCAUACCUGAGGAUCCCACAUAUUUUGCAGUUAUAUCGCCUUCCUUUACUGAUUUCAUACCUGGAGGCUGACAUUGCUGCAGCCACGAACACCAUCACUUCUUUUAAGUUGUUCUUAUAUUCUACUCUUGUUCUGAACUUUUGCACUUGCAUUCUCUUUGCAAGUUCAUGCCCUGCAAUAGGCCUUUAUGAGAACACAACUAAUUAUUUUCUUCCAGAGAUUAAGCACAACUGUACACCACUGUCAUGGGUGACACACUUGGAUACAAUGUUUAAUAUUGACUUUGACACUGCUACUUUCCAGCAGGUGUAUUUAAUGAGCCUUUACUUUGCAACUUCAACAUUGUGUACUGUUGGAUUUGGAGACAUUCAUCCAUCUAUAAGUGCAUCAAGAGCAGGCCUGGUUUUCAUCAUGCUUAUAGGGGUGAUGUUUGUAGGCUGGUUAUCAGGCAGUGUUACUGGUAUGCUGGCUAACACAGAUGCCUUGAGAGCUGCUUACACAGAGAAGGCCGAGAGCAUGAAACUAUUCCUGAAGAGCCACAGAUUAACUGGGGCUUUAUAUAACCAGGUAAUCGGAUUCUACAAAUUCCGAUGGAUGUGCACAAGAGGAUUCGAUCAGGAUAAACUUUCUGAAUAUUUGCCCUCUUCACUCGUCAGUGAUUUAUCAACAGUUCUUUAUGCUGAUUUUAUAGCCAAGGUGUUUGGUCUUAACAUCCAGAGGACUACAACACAAGAAUCUGAGAUAAACCUCCUGUCUACUGUGGAAAUCACCAAAGCAGGGAAACUCAGUUUACCAGUUUUUGAGAUGACAUUACCAAAGACGUGGCUGGAGCAGUUAGAAAAUGACGGAUGCUUCAUUCGCUUGCUAGCGGGAGGAGUUUCACAAUGCCUGUACCGAGCCAGUGAUAUCAUAUACAAGAAAGGAGACUGUGGAUCAGAGGUGUAUUUCGUCGAGAAGGGAGAAGUGGAGGUUCUGUCAAACAACGAAUCCAAAGUUUUGUUCAAACUAAGUGCUGGACAAUACUUUGGGGAGAGAAGUUUGCUGUUUCAUGAACCAAGAGCUGCAACAAUAAGGGCUGCAACCAACUGUGAGAUGUAUGUGCUGUCACAGAAAAGCCUUCAUGAAAUCUUGAAAUAUUACCCCCACAUUCACGAGCAAAUGCAAAGCUCCGCAGAUGAGAUAAAAGAUCUGUUGCAUGAAGAUUAUCAGAUCAACACACCUGCAAGACCUGACUCGGCACCAACAACUUUCCGUCGAGCUGGAUGGGAACAGCUCUACAGGGAUCACAUGGCUGAGAACGAGGAGAGAGCUAUACUCCGUUUACAGCCUUUGCAUGUUAGAUUAUGGACAAGAGUCUCACCAUUGCUCAUAUGGUUCUUGCUGAAGAUUUUCAACUUCAUCAGAAUGGCGAACAACAGAACCAUGGACGCAGACAACAGUUUUCGAGUGGUCUAUCAGUACACAGCCUGUAUACUCUUCACAGUUCUCUUCUGGGCAAUAACAUUAAUGUCUUCUGUGCAUAACGUAAAUAUGUAUUUGCUCUUACUUACAACGUGCAUUCAAGUCUUUCAGAUGUUUGAGAUCUUCCUGAAGUUCCACAUUUCUACUUAUGAUGACCACAGAGCAUUUGCUUCAGACUACAAAUCAACAUCCCGUAGCUACCUGACAAGAAAAUUCGGAUUUGUCUUUGACAUGGCCUGUGCAUUUCCGUUUGGACUACUAAUUGUUCGUCUGGUGGAAAUGGAUUCUCCCUUAUUCCUGCCCGUUAUGGUCAUCUAUGCCCGUAUUGCUCACCUGCCACGGAUAAUUUCACUUUUAGUGUUUAUGUGGAAGGAAGAGCAAUCAAUCACAUCUAAUCUUCUGUGCAUCAGGAUGAUCAAGUUCUUUGUCCACUCUGUCCUCUUUAUCCACUGUGCAGCGAUGCUUUGCGUUUCUUUCGUUGAGAUUUAUGGAGUCAUGUCUUGGAUUGCUGAAAUAGAGAUCACUGACUUCACUGAAAUGUACAGAUAUGCUGUUUAUUGGAUAGUACAGAUAUACACUACAGUCGGCUUCGGUGAUAUAUUGUCUCUAAACCUCGGAGAAGUGACGGCGUGUACUGUCAUAAUGAUUCUGUCCAAAAUACAAGUGAUUUACAAAAUGGGACUUCUCAUUGCUACUCAAACCAACAAGAACACACUACAAGUAGCCUUUGAGGCGAAACUGCAGACCAUUCUGGAGUACAUGAAGCAUGAAGGAAUCCCACGCCAAUUACAAAGUCGUGUGUCACAUUUUUACAACUAUCAGUGGAACCGCAACAAGGGGAUUUGCACCGAGGAAUUGUUCAGAGGUGUCCCGCGCUGUUUGAAAAUGGACGUUUUGAUGAGUAUCUGUGGGGAGCAUUUGAAGAGUCAUCACUUCUUCUCCCAUUUUACUAUUCCCGUUAUGAGGGAACUGUCCGUGAGAAUCACCUUCCGAUGUUUCCCUGUUGGAGAAUGCAUUUACAGAAAGGGAGACAGCGGCACUGAAAUCUACUUCCUUUUGAUUGGCAAAGUUAAUCUGUGCCUGGACACCAGAGGUCAUGAGGUCUAUCAGCGGCUGUCUCGCGGAGCAGCUUUUGGUGACCGCAUUGUAAUAGAACACACCCGCCAUGACACCGCCAUCGCCGCUAACUAUGUGGAUGUCGCUGUUCUCUCCAAAACUUCUUUGGAAUCUUUAAGUCAUCUUUAUCCGGCUGCCAUGCACAAGCUAAAGGAGAAACUUGCUGAUAUUCAGCAGGAAUAA